UACCAAAAAACCCGGAAAUGUGCCGACUGUUUACGUAAAGACGACUUCCGCUUUAAAGUGUGACGACUUCCGAUGGGACCCACGUUUUUACCUCUUUCGCACUAAAAACCCUCAUUGACCGCUUAACAAGACGACUUUAUAUCCGAAAAAUGAGACCGCUAACAGACGAGGAGACAAAAAUUAUGUUUGAGAAGCUGUCAAAGUACAUUGGGGAAAACAUUAAACUUCUAGUGGACAGGCCUGAUGGCACCUAUUGCUUCAGGCUACACCAAGACCGCGUUUACUACAUGAGUGAGAAAAUUCUCAAAUUGGCAACAAACUUUUCCAGAGAUAAACUUAUUUCAGUGGGAACGUGCUUUGGGAAGUUCUCAAAGACCAAGAAGUUCCGCCUGCACAUCACAGCCCUGGAUUUCCUGGCUCCCUAUGCAAAGUUCAAGGUGUGGGUGAAACCUGGAGCAGAACAGUCUUUCUUGUAUGGGAACCAUGUGCUGAAAUCUGGCCUUGGCAGAAUUACUGAAAACACGAUGCAGUAUCAAGGAGUCGUGGUUUACUCCAUGGCUGAUGUACCUUUGGGUUUUGGAGUAGCAGCCAAGUCCACACAGGAGUGUCGGAGAGUAGACCCCAUGUCCAUUGUGGUGUUCCACCAGGCUGAUGUGGGAGAGUUCAUUAGGAAUGAGGACACGCUGACAUAAAGAUACAACAGCUGGAUGGACAGUUUUUCUUUUGUCUUUCAAAAAUGCAUGUCCAGUCUAGCCAGCGUUCACAGCUGCUUGUUCUGCCCAUGUGACUUUCACUGUGACGCUGCUAGAUGAGAGUCAACAUCUGGACCAUGUUUUUCUGCAGAGCCAGAAUGGAAAUAUAAAUUUCUAUUUACUUUCAUUUUGCAAAUCUGUAAUAUGUGGAUUAUUUCACAGAUCACCUUACAUUUUUUUCUAUUAAAUCAUCCAAUCAAAGGGA